CAGUGCCUUAGUUCAUUUCACAAUAGACAAGCCGUGUGUUCUGGACUGCCAAAAUUCGAAUCGCCCCGAAAAAAGAUAUUCGAAAUUAUCCUUCCCCCACCCAUUUUCAUUAACAAUGCCGAUCCACGAUCGGGCCAAGGCCCGUUUGGAACACGAGGUGGUCCUCCUGCGUCGCGAGGUGGCCACCCUGCGCUACAUGAAGAGCCAGAACCGUAAGAACCGCCAUAACCAGGCGGUAGUGCAGGCGCGUCUGGAGCAGAAGAUCCAGGAGCUGCAGAACAAGCUGACCGCCGAGCGGGCUGAGCGGGCAGAGCGGGAGCGCGGCGGAGCAGAUCAGCGCAGCGAGUUCAAUCAAAAGCUGGAGAAGCUGGACGAGCAUGUGAAGAAGCAGGAGAUGUACAUUUCCUUCCUGGAGGAGCAGAUCAACGAAACGCGUACCAAGUACCAGAAGCGGAUGCUCGAUGUCCGCCAGAAUGCCGAACUGGUCGAAAAGGAGCUCAAGAGAGUGCGCCACGAGGUGAAGACCAUUGCCGAGAAAGCCGGCGAGUUGGACCGCCUGCAGAAGGAGGUGGGCUUUCUAAGUGCCAAGCUGGAACGCCGGAACACUAUUAUCUCCAAGUACGAGGCCCAGCAGGAGGAGAUGAUGGGCGUCAUGGCGGGUCUCCAGAAGCUGUUCGAUGACAAGAAGUGCAGCAAGCAAGGCCAUCAUCAUAGGGUCCAUUUCUGCGAAGAGGUUGAGGCUGAACUCAUCGAUCCUGAGGAGCCUCCAGUUCCUAAGGAGCCGCCAGUUCCUAAGGAGAAUCGCAAGUCUUCCAAACGUGGGCGGGACAAUUUUAACUACCUAGGCUCGGCGCUAAAGAAGAAGUGUAACAGCCAGGAGCCCCCAACUGCCGACCAAUAAAUACGGACCAGGACCUGAUGUCCUGACAUUAUACCAAGCUGAUUCCAUAUCCAAAAUUUCAGUUUGGCUAUCAUAGUGCCUAUCUUAGAGCACCUCAUCGCAACACUUUUUCUGUAAUUGAAUACUUUUGUAACAGAAAUAAAUAUCGCUUAUAUAAA